UUUUAGCCUGGAAAGCAGGAAUCCCAUGUUGUUGAGUUCAAACAGUUUGGAAGCAGCGCAGCGGAAGUGCUAACACCUCUGGAGCGGGUUGAAGGGAAACAUUUCUGCGGGGAUCAGGCUGCAGGAUGUGGGCUCGGCUGACGGUUGCUGCCGGGCUGCGGGCUCCCAGAGAGAGUUUGCUGCGGGUCACGGGUGCUGGAUGUGCGGGGAAAUUCCUGCGGGAGAGACGGGACUUCAGUACAGAGGCUCCUUUGAAGAAAACCCCACUCUUUGACUUCCACAGGCACCAUGGUGGAAAGAUGGUGGAUUUUGCAGGCUGGAGUAUGCCUGUCCAGUACAAAGACAGCCACAUCGCCUCCCACACGCACACCAGGGAGCACUGCUCCAUCUUUGACGUCAGCCACAUGCUGCAGACCAAAAUCCAUGGCAAAGAUCGAGUAAAGUUUAUGGAGUCUCUGGUGGUGGCAGAUAUCGCAGAGCUGAAGGACAACCAGGGUACAUUGACUCUCUUCACCAAUGAGAAAGGAGGAAUCAUUGAUGACCUCAUAGUGACAAAGACAGACCAGGGUUACCUCUAUGUGGUCUCCAACGCUGGCUGCGCCGACAAAGACUCUGCUCAUAUGAAGGCCAAACUGGCAGAGUACAAAGCUGCUGGGUUUGAUGUGGACCUGGAGUUCAUUGAUGAAGCCCUUGUUGCUUUGCAAGGUCCCAUCAUGGCUCAGGUGCUUCAGGCAGGGCUGAAGGGGGACCUCAGUAAGCUGACCUUCAUGUCCUCCACCCUGGUCACAGUGUUCGGCAUUCCUGACUGCAGGGUGACCCGCUGUGGAUACACUGGAGAAGACGGGGUGGAGAUUUCUGUUCCUCGUUCAAAAGUGGUUGAACUAGCAGAGAAGCUGCUCAGCAACAGUGAGGUGAAGCUGGCCGGUCUGGGAGCCAGAGACAGUCUUCGUCUGGAAGCGGGACUUUGUCUUUAUGGCAAUGACAUCGAUGAGACCACCACACCUGUGGAAGCCAGUCUUGUUUGGACGAUAGGAAAGCGCAGACGUCAGACAAAGGAUUUCCCCGGUGCCGAUAUCAUUAUACCACAAAUCAAGGCUAAGACAGCCAGGAGACGAGUUGGACUGGUGUCCACUGGACCCCCAGUGAGACAGCACACCCCCAUCCUGAGCCCUGCAGGACAGGUCAUAGGGGAAGUGACCAGCGGCUGUCCCUCCCCCUGCCUAAGAAAGAACAUCGCCAUGGGUUACGUAGAUGCAGCAUUCGCUAAGAACGGAACCGCCAUCCAGGUUGAAAUCAGGAAGAAAACAGUCCCAGCAACAGUCACCAAGAUGCCCUUUGUUCCCACAAACUACUACUCAGGAUAGGGAGGAACACACUGGGUCUUUCUGUCUUUGUACCUUAAGCACUGCUGUUACCUUCUGGUGUUAAACUCCUGCAAUGCAAGGCAAAUUUAGGAUUUAAACAGACCAUUUCAUCUUGC